AUGAUGUCUGCAGCAGUGUCUGCAGCUGUGCCUAAGCUGAUUGUGCUGGAGGGAGCAUCAGUCACUCUGAAUGUGGCAGGACAUGAAGACAAGGCCGGCUUAUAUUCAAUAAAAUGGAAUUUUCACAAGAGAAUUGUUGCUGUGUAUACCCAUAGAGACAAAUAUGUAGAUGUUAGAGAUCCCUACGAAGGCCGAGCAGAGUUUGAUGUGAGCACCUUCUCUCUGCUGCUGAAGAACCUGCAGAGGAGUGACUCUGGGCUCUACACAGCAGUGAGGGAUGCUGAGGAAACAGAGGAUGUUGCCGAAUACGAACUUUCUGUCCUGGCACCUGCAGCAGCCCCCACUCUGACUGUGGUGUCUAAGUGGUCCAGCAGUGACUCCUGUAAUGUGACUCUGAACUGCACAGGACUCAACGUGUCUCUGAUCUCCAGCUGUAACGGCACCUUCUGCUCUCAGGAGGGAGGAGACACAUCCCUCUCCAUCUCUCUCAACCACAACACUGUCUCCUGUAACCAUAGCAACCCAGCUAGCUGGAGGCAGACCACCAUGGACCUUAGUCCACUCUGUCCACUGUACAGUGGGAUGAACGGAACUCAGAUCCUGCUCGACGAAGAAGCAGGGGCGAAGAGCCUACCCCCCGAUGUCGAGACAGGGACCAACUGGCGGCGGUGGUUGUGA